GCGUAUUGUAACCAAUUAUGGGCAUUUUAAUCAGUCUUCUUCCACCCAUGCAGGACAUUAUCUACCAGCCCCUUUCUUACUCUUCAACUUAUUUACAAAAUGGCAUUCCGCUCCAGCCCUCCUAUCUCUUAUCGUUUCAGGGCCACUUUUUUGAGGGGGCGUGAUCUACGUACACUGGAUAAUAUACGCCGCGGAGGAACUCCGGACUUAGUAAUCACCUUAUCGCCACCAAGCAACACGACGACGCGGGGAAGAAAGAGGGGUCCAUCCCUUCCGUCAACAACCCUGCUCGCAAAGCAAUGGACAAUCAUGGACUUCCCCCGGCUCUGCCUCCUAGGAAGCCACCAAAGCUGCCUGUCCGUAUAUCACGAGCCCGCGAUGAUGAUCUCAAGAGAUUAAUCGCUCGGUUUAACAAGCAAGUCUCGCACGUCCAAGUCGCUCCCGAACCAGAGGGAGAGCCGCAGCAGCAAGAGUGUGGGCUCGACCUCACUCGCGCCGCCGAUGCGCAAUUCCCGCCCGAGAGGCUGCAGCCGACGAUAGAGCGUUUCUACACCUCCGUGAUUGCUCCCGUCGGCGACCUUUUCAGUCAUGUCAAUAGGCUGAGGUCAUGGGAUGAUCCGCAGCGAACGGGAGCUUUUUGCACUGUUUAUGCGAUUGCAUGGCUGCAGGAUAGGCUUAUACUGGUGGUUACUAUCGCGUUACUGGCUAUGCUCUUCUAUCCGGAUACUAGAGUGCUUCUAUUCCCGCCCGAGUGCAAGGCUCAAACUUCACCGGGGGUGACAGGUGAUAUUGCGCCCGAGGGAACGGACGGCGGACAAGCUGAAUACGAGGGCACUCCUGUCGUCGCAACAGAUGUUGACGAUGCGUCAAUAGAGCCGUCGCAACUAGAUGGGCUCGAACCGGAGACGCUACCCUCUGUUAUUAAGGACGAAGACGGGAAACCCAAGAAGAAAGUCCAUCCGGCUCUCAACAAGACAAUGCGUACGCUCAGCGAUAUCACAGACAUAUGCGAGCGAGUCUCCAACCUUCUCUCUCCCACCCCGCCAUUCGACCCCGUCAUCCCCCGACUCCGUCUCGCGGCGAUCCUGCUAUCAACCUGCCUCAUCUCCUCAUUCUGCUCGAGCUACAUGCUCGUCAAAACGGUUGAACUACUCCUCGGUCUUGGGCUCUUUGGGGAACCUCUUUUCGUUAGGGGAAUGGAGUAUCUCCAUUUCAAUGUGCCGGAGUGGAAAGAUUAUCUGGAUAUCGACAGGUUCGUUUUUGCCAUCUACUUUUCCAUGUCCGGUUCGAGUCCACUGAUUUGCGCACUUGCUAAUACACGAAACAUCAGGACCCUUCUCCAAGGCGUGCCCACAAACGCGCAACUAGCCCUCACCCUCCUCCGCCUCGCCGAGAGCACCUCGAACCCCAUCUAUUUCCAGCAACAAACGAAGCACGACCAAUCCCUCGUCCGCCACGAAGACGUAUCACUAUCAUCCGCCCUAUGGCAAGCUCUCCGUCCCAAACCAGUACCCAUCGUGACCCCCGACUCCCCAGGCCAAGAAGUCCUUCUCUCCGACGCAGAACCCCCUCAGCCACCAAAAACACAAAAACUCCACCGCUUCCUCCGCUUCGCGCGCCGCGCGAUCAAAACCGCCGUCCGGGGCCACAUUGCUCUCGAUCGCGCGCUCGCCACGACGGCAUCGACGUAUGCGCGGCGCGGGCUGCAGGGAGUCUUGGAUGCGCAUGAUGGACGGAUUGGGGGGAUGCAGACGAGCCGGCUGCUGGAAUUACUCAUCCCGUCGACGAGUGUGUCGGGGGCGGCGUUUGCGGCUGGGAGGCGGAAUGCGAAUGUGGUUUUUGAGGCCAAGUUUGAGAAGAAGCGCGGGUGUGUUGUUCUCGAUAUGGAUGCUGAUGUUGAUUCCAUCGCGGACGAAACUCAAACCCAAACACAGCCACAGCCCCCGAGACAGGCCGUGCUCUUCUUCACGACGACAAAAGCCACAAAACUGCACGAUACCCGCCUGAGCAGGCAAAAGGCCAGCAGCGUCAAAUUCAGCAUUCCGCUCGGCGAUGUCACGGAACUCCAGAAGACUGCGGGCCUCGGGUGGAAGGGGAAGUUGAUUGUUGAGCUUGCGGUUGGAAGUGAGGAGCUUGAUUCAGGAUCUGCGGAUGGCUUGGUUAUUAGGGGAUUGAAGGGGGGCGAAGGGGAUAGUGGGGGUAUUGGUGAGGGCGAGAGCGAGGGUAACGGUGAUGGUGAUGGUGACCGGGAGAGGUUCGAGUAUCAUCUCACUGGGGUCAUGGGGAGGGAUGCGUUGUUUAAUCGGUUGGUUGCGGGUGACGAGCAGGUUUGGGAGCUUUGGUAA